AUGUCAGACCUCGGCUCCUCAGCAGCAGCGACGCCUCUUCCUGAACCCCCUCCAAAACGUCGCAAAGUCGUCGCACACAGCACAUCCGCGACACCGCGAUCAAGUUCACCAGAUGAGCUCAACGACACGACAGUUACGACCACCACGGCAGCCGCAGCCGCCAAGAAAACCACCGCGACGACAACGAGAACGAAGAAGCAGCGGUCCAGCACAUCCCGCCGCCUGUCAACCAACCGUGGCCGUCCUAGCAUGACACCUAGCAGGUCUCCUAGCGAGGAUGAGCUCAACGAGGCGGCAUUCUACUCACGCUCAUCGCACUCCAAAUCUCGAUCACGGUCGCACUCGAGGUCGCGGUCGCGAACGCGCACACCAAGGUCGGCGACCGCCUCACCCUCCCGCUCACAUAGCGACGACGACGACGAUGACGAGGAUGAGUCACGCGCGGGAUCAAGGUCACCUGCUUCUACAUCGGGCGGCAGUCUCUCAGGCGCCGUCGACCGCAGGCUACGGCUCUCCUCGACCAACGGCGGCGCAGAUACCGGCGCGACAGUGACGACGCCCGUGACACCCGGGCCCGUGAAGAAGGGCCCCGUGAGGCCGCGGUACGAGGAGGAAAGGGUGCUGAGCGGACACGCGGGAGCGCCCGUCUCGCAGGUGCGGAUAUCGCCCGACGGCCGGUGGAUCGCGAGCGCCUCGGCCGACGGGACCGUCAAGACGUGGGACGCGGCCACGGGGGAGCACAUGGACACCCUGGUGGGCCACAUGGCCGGCGUGAACUGCGUGGCGUGGAGCCCCAACAGCGGGAGCCUGGCGACGGGCUCCGACGACAAGUCGAUUCGCAUCUGGGACCGGGUGACGGGCCGGCCAAAGGUCACGGCAAAGGGCGUGGGUCACAUGGCCAAGGACGACGCGGCGCCCGCCGCGCAUCCCAUGUUGCCGCUGCGGGGACACCACAACUACGUGAUGUGUCUCGCCUUCUCGCCCAAGGGAAACAUACUCGCCUCGGGAUCGUACGACGAGGCCGUCUUUUUGUGGGAUGUCAGGGCGGGCCGCUUGAUGCGUAGUUUACCGGCGCAUAGCGACCCGGUCAGCGGCAUCGACUUUUCAUGCGACGGCACGUUGGUCGUGAGUUGUUCGACGGACGGUCUCAUGUAUGUAUUACCAAGACUACCCCCGUCUCUACUUGGUUGGGAUCCUUUACUAACCCCGAACAACAGUCGUAUAUGGGACACUUACACAGGCCAGUGCCUCCGCACCCUAGUCCACGAAGACAACCCCGCCGUAACGUCCGUCUGCUUUGCACCCAACGGCCGCUUCGUCCUUGCCUUUAACCUCGACAACAGCAUCCGCCUCUGGGACUACGUUGCCGGCUCCGUGAAAAAGACGUACCAAGGCCACGCCAACAACCGCUUCGCCAUCGGCGGCUGCUUCGGCAUCGUCCCCGGAGAAGGCGCCUUCAUUGCCUCGGCCAGCGAGGACGGCGAGAUUGUGCUGUGGGACGUCGUCACUAAAGAGGUUGUUCAGCGCAUCCCCGCCCACAAGAAGGAUUCUUCUUCGCACCGGGGAGGCGGCAAGGGUGGCAACGUGUGUUUCUGGGUCGAUGUCCAUGGGGACGUCAUGGUGUCGGCGGGGCAGGAUGGACGGAUACGCAUCUUUAAGAGGUUGUUGGGUGAAGGGGAGAUUGGUGCCGUGGCCGCUGCCGCCGCCGCUAUUGCCGGUACGGAAACCGAUGGGGCGGAGAAGACGCUGACGAAUGGUCACGCGAUUGGUGAGGAGGUCGGAGGAGAUGAAGUUGCCAAUGUAAAUGGCACGGAACCGCCGAUAAAGCAGGAAGAAGAUAUCGAUAUGGUUGGCGUGUGA